CCGAGCCCUGUUCAUCCGGCCCCCCGUGCAAGAUCCACCCCUGCCAAUGCAACUCUGCUGGCUGCCCAUGGAGUUCUAGGCGGGAAGCAGCAGGUAGAGGCGUGCCAUGGAUUGCCCCAUUAAGGAGGCGCUGUCCGUGGUGAGCGAGGACCAGUCGAUAUUUGACCCCUCCUUUGGUGCUCCGCAGCUCUUGAAGACAGAGCUGCCCUCGGUGGACGACUACGGCAGCAAAGAAGGCCUCGGUUUGGAGGAUCCUCAGUGGUCGACCCAGAACAACAACAGAGGUCAUGUGGUCAAGCAGGAGAACGAGCAGGUCAACUGCUCCAACAGGCAGUCGCCUGUUGACUGUAGCGUAACCCGGAGGAACAAGGCAAUAGGUGCUGUUGACUCCUCCCAGAUAGCGUACCCAGGUGGCUACCUGCGCAACAGCCCCCCAGCCAACCCCCCCAGCGAGGAGAAGAGGGUCAUCGUCCCAGCAGAUCCCAGCAUCUGGACAUACGAGCACGUCCGUCAGUGGCUGGACUGGGCAGUGAAGGAGUACAGCUUGCUAGAUGUGGAUCACACGCUCUUCCAGCAUGUGGAUGGCAAGGAAUUGUGCAAGUUGGGGAAAGAAGGCUUCCUACGACUCACCACGCCGUACAAUGCAGACAUCUUGCUGUCCCACCUGUCCUACCUACGCCAGAGCAGCCCCACGUUUACUUAUCCAUCUGCGCCAGUAAUCACCCAACAACCACAGCCACCACCACCGAGAGCUCAAGUCAAAUCCGAGUCUCCCUACGAGGAAAUCCGGAGGAGCAACUGGAGUGGAGGCCCGAUCAGCCCCGCUCCUAAAGGCUCCCCGCCGCAGAUCCAGAACGUGGGCCGGACUCCUGAUUCUACACGCGUGGCGCCAGAUCCAUACCAAGUCCUGGGACCCACUAGCAGCCGCUUGGCAAACCCAGGCAGCGGUCAGAUCCAGCUAUGGCAGUUCCUCCUGGAGCUCCUGUCGGACAGCAGCAAUGCCAGCUGCAUCACCUGGGAAGGGACGAACGGCGAGUUCAAGAUGACCGACCCCGACGAGGUGGCCCGGCGGUGGGGCGAGCGCAAGAGCAAGCCCAACAUGAACUACGACAAGCUGAGCCGGGCGCUGCGCUACUACUACGACAAGAGCAUUAUGACCAAGGUGCACGGCAAGCGGUAUGCCUACAAGUUCGACUUCCAGGGCAUCAACCAAGCCCAGCAGGGGCAGCCGGGCGAGCCCAACCUGUACAAGUACCACCCCACGGACCUGCCUUACCUGCCCUCUUACCACCAGCAAAAAGUGAGCUUCAACCUCGGCCACGCUGGGCAGAUGCCUGCCUCCUCUGCCGGCUUUUUCGGGGCACCCUCCUCUUACUGGAGCUCAGGCAGCGGCAACCUGUACCAGAACGCCCCCGUGCCCAGGCAAGCUGGCAAUCACUUGAGCUCCUUCUAUUAAUCCCCAGUGGCUUUGAGGGUCAUGAAACCACCUGGGACUUUGACCAGCCAGAAGACCUUGUUAUUGAAACAGCAGUCCACCCCUCCGGUCUAGAAUACCUUCUAUCCACCUUGAACAAAGGAGUGGGGAUGGGUGGGGGAGAGGUCUGAUGCCCCUCUCUUCUGCCAUCCCACUAAACCGUCUGCUCUUCACCCUUAUGAAUCAGCACUGAAGAAUGCUCAAGGGAAGGAAAUAAAAGCAGGGCAGUGUACAGCCCCCAGCCAAAGAUUCCCUCUGGGCCCCCUACAUACUGCCCCCCCCCCCCGCCCCGACCCAACACAGUUAUAUAAUAACAGGAGUUGCCAACCUUUUUGAGUCUGCAGGCCGCUCUGGAAUUGUGGCAUGGAGUGGCGGGCGCAGCCACAAAAUAGCUGCCACAGGAGAUAGAGCCAGAUACACAAAGUGCAGGGGAGAGAGGGUGUUUUAAGAAAAACACUGGGAAAGAGGAGUGAAAGAGAAUGAAACUAACACUGUGCUGGUAGCUGUCAUUGAAACUACAUUAUUUUGAUUUGCUCAGCCAAUCAGAUCUCCAGUAGCCGGUCAGGAGCCCUGCCGGCCAAGUCCCCCACCCACUUUCUAAAACACCUGUCAGGCAUCAGAAAAGGUGUUGACGAGCGCCGUUGGGCAUCCCUGAUAUCAAAAUACAACACAGAAUUUGCCUCCAUGGUGUCUCGAGCUGAACAGGGCCUUCGGAAUCCUGUCCUCGUGGCCCCCUUAUCUCAGCCGCCCUGAACACAACCACAGUUCCACCAGCUGCACUACAUCCAGAGAGUGAGCCAUAUGGGUCUGCAGUGCCAGAAACGAACAAGAGAAUUCCAACCCUUUAAGGGAGAACAUAUCUUUAGUCCCAGUUACCCUUCUUUGAACAAGGGUUCCCUUUGUCGGGUACUUGGAAUUGGAUGAACUCAGCUUCAAGUUGUCGAAUGUUACGCUGGGAGAUAAACUGAUUUGUUUUUAAGAAGCUCCCGAACACCAGCUCAUUUUGGAAUUAGAUAGUUAUCAGUGACCUGUUUAUUUUUUGGAUUUGACAGUUAUCAGUGGCCUUUACUGCGCUCCUCGGUAAAGGCAGAUCUGAAAUUUCCUGAUAACGGCCGGUUAAAUGUAAUGCACAACGAUUGAAGGCGGACAUCUUGCUUAACCACGAUGAAAGACGCCCGUGUUCAAAGUCAGUUUGUUUCCAGGUUUGCACAAGUGCCUUAUUCCUCUUUCCUCCCUCCCUGUGCUAAGACUUGUGGUUAAAAACUAAUUUUUUGUUACCUGUGAUGCUCAGCUAACAGGCAUCCUGAACCAUCCCACUGGCUGGGGUGUGGGAAUGAACCACCUGAUAUUCUAUGGUUCCUUCUCCCUUCUUUCAGCUCUGUUGAGGAUGAGGCCUGGUUCUCAGUCACUGCUUUCCGUUGCAUGUGGGAAUUAGGCUUACUGAUUCAAAGGAAGAGAGAAGAAACAUAAACAAGCCCACCUCUGAGUCUUCCUGCCACAUCUAGUUCCGCCUGAUGUUUCAAACCCUUGAGGUGAUGAUGGACAUACUUUUUUCGGUGGUGGGGGGGGGGAUUACCGUGGGAAACUCGUACCUUUUUUCUAUUCUAAAGUGAGCUCAAGGGGUGGUCAAUGGUUCUGCACGUUUUCUAGGUAGUGGGGGAACUGCUGCAUCGGGUAAGCGCCUAUUGGCCGGAACCCUAUACGUCACCAAUCUCUUUCUAUUCCAAUCUCUCAAGCGGUUUCACAAUGUUUUAACAAAGUGUUCUUGAAUUUUUUUUGUAAAGUGAAAGAUGCAAAUAUUUGUCUAUAAAUGUAUAUAUGUAGCUUUUAACUCACAGCAAGGACGGUAAAACCGAGGCACUGUCCAGCAGGAGUGGUCUUCUUUGACAGGCGAAAGAAGGGUUGCUAUUGUGUUCACAAUGCAGGGGAGAUAGAUGUCUUCACUUCUGGUUAUCUUGCCAGUAGAUAACUGCCGUUUGGUUCCAGUAGUUGCAAACCUCAAAGCACAACCAGGAGAGAAAACUAUGCAGAGCUCUCUGAGGAAUCAAGGAUUAUAUUCAGAGAUUUGAGUCCUUACUCUUGUCUGUGUCGUACCAAGAGGUUCAUAGUGGUGGGUAUUAUUCGAGGGAACUGCAAACCUGCCUCUAAACAGGGUCUACAGGUAAUCUUGCAAUGUCAGAGCUACACUACCAACCGCUACCAACUAAAUUUGCUCAACACUUUUUAUGAAAAGCAGUCAAAAUAACAGAAAACAGUGUGCAAGUUUUCAGAUUCGCCAGAAUUCUACGUCAGGCUGAAUGGUAAAAAAAAAGAAGAAAAAAAACAGCAAGAAAAGAGUGUAUGUGUGUGCGUGUGCCGAGAGAUUUCUCAUGGAAGUUCCUUUUUUUUAAUAAGGAAGUGAAUUUAGACAUCGCUAGAGAGCUUUGGGGGAAAAACUGCUAGUGUACUUAUUUAGCUUUAAGAGGAACUGAUCAAGACCAUAUGAAGCCUUGAAUUGCCACUAGGAGGAUAAAGGUAUUCCCCUGAGCAAGCACCAUGUCAUUACUGGGCCGUGGGGUGACGUCACAUCAACAAAACUCGGUUUCACAUAAAGAUGUUAGUAGAUUGUAUAUUCUUCCACCAGAGGACAAAGCAUGCCAGACCUUCUUUGUUGUAGAAUGCUCUCCCUGGGUCUUAGUGGCUACCUAUCCUGGCUCCCCCAUCUGUUUGAUAGUAAAAAUAAUUUUGGCAUAAACGCUCUUGUAUCAAAGUACCGUGUUCAAUAAUGCACAAAAGAAUGGUUUUGACAAAGGCUACGUGUAAAAAUGAAUGAUAAUCCUCAUAUUGGCUUGGGACUAUAUUCUACGCAAUUUUCUCCACGGCUGCACCUCAGCUGACCAAGCCAACAUCUUUAUGUGGACACAGAGUCUAGGCAGACUAUGUUUAUGGGAUGGUUUACCGCUGCCCUCCCCAUUCACCCGCUUUGUCCCCAGCAAGCUGGGUACUCAUUUUACCGACCUUGGAAGGAUGGAAGGCCGAGUCAACUUUGCGCUGGAUACCUGAGCCUCGAACUCAGGCAGUGAGCAGAGCUUGGACUGCAGUGCCGAACAGCAAAGCCACUAUAAAAACACCCAAAUGUUUGACAUUGCACUGAAUGUUCUGGCUGCCCUCAAGCAUGCUGUGUAACUUGGCAGUUUGGCCAGUCUGGUUCCAGGACGCAGGUUACCGAGUUACCCCCUUCUAAGCCCACAGACCUCAAUGGACUUAGAAGGGGAAACUGUGCUGAGGACUGAAUCGUUCUUGUUUCUUGCUAGCUUCUUGGGACCUUGCGGGUGACUGCAUUCUUUAGCAAAGAGGGCUCUCUGUCUGCCAGCUGGGCGAGGCUUGGGCAUCCCCUCAGGUGUCUUUGGAAGAAUUUUGGGGUCACUGUUUCUGAGACCAAUCGGGAGCGGGUGCUUUCUGUGCCCCCUGAAUUGUAUAGGAGACUAGGCUGGCCGUGGUUGCUGGCAGGAGUCUUGGAAUUGUUUGAUUCAUGUGAAUUCCAAAAGGGGCAUGGUGCUAGAAUACCAGCAAGGCUUUGCCAAGUGAACUCAGCCAGUUUUCUUCACAGCAGAAGUGAGAAUUGCAAGCAAUCGCACCAUGAAAAACUGUUGCUAUUCUGACUGGUGGAUCACCCUCCAGUAAAGGCGCAAAAAGACAGAUGGCUGAAAAGUUGCCAGCCUCCAAUUUUUAAAAACGAAGUGCUAUUUCACAGCGCCACCCACAUGUGGAACUUGGGGCCGCAACUAGUGGCGAUCCGUAAACUCUGCGCUUUUGUCCUCUAUUCCCACAUUUAUGGCUACCAAUCUUGAUCCUCUUUGAUCUGAGAUUGCAAAUGCCUUAGCAGACCAGGUGCUCCGGAGCAGCAGCAGCAGCAGCAGGCCAUUGCUUUCACAUCCUGCAUGUGAGCUCCCAAAGGCACCUGGUGGGCCACUGCGAGUAGCAGAGAGCUGGACUAGAUGGACUCUGGUCUGAUCCAGCUGGCUUGUUCUUAUGUUCUUAUGUUCUUACAUACCUUGAAGCUCCGCUCCUCGCUUUUCAAAACUUUCGCAAUCAAGUUUUUGGCACUUGAGUAUUGAAACCACACGGGCAACUUGGUGAGAUCUCAGGGGCUGAUCUGUCCAGGAAUGGGGCUAAGCCACCAGGCACAGUUCCUCGUUUUGCCUCGAGGACUAGCAGAUGCGAGCCUUUUGCUGCGUCGGCCAACAUACCCAAAUCCUUCCCUAUGCUUUGUGAGGGCCCACUCUAUGGGUGGAGACAGACCAUCUGACAACGCUUACUGAAGGUAGGCAAGGUUUGCUGAGUGGCUGGAUGGGAUCUUGCCUAGGCAAGCUUCCAGUCAAAGAGUCCAGACCCAUAAGACUCGGGCUUGAUCAUUUAAAAAAAAAAAGAAGAAAAGCACCCCUUCCUUCAUGGUGGGGGUACGGUUUCGUUCAAUGUCUCCUGUUUGCAUUAAACAUUUCAUUUGUA